CUGGAUUCUUCGAGACGGGCCCAGACUUCUUUCUCCGUGGACCGCCCGCCAAAUACGAACCGCCCUAGGAUCGCCGAUAGGCUUCUUUAUAAAUAGCAAGUAGUUCUCCUCUGCCUCCAUUCAUAUCCAUCAAUUCUUUCUGAUUACAAUUUUCAAUCAGCUUCUCUCUCUCCCUCACUUCUCGUUAAUUCAUCCUCUUCAAUUUAGGUUUUUCUUAUAUUCUAGCCAACAAAUCAGAUAUGCAGAUAUUCGUGAAAACCCUCACCGGAAAAACAAUCACCCUUGAGGUCGAAUCGUCCGAUACGAUCGACAACGUCAAGGCCAAGAUCCAAGACAAAGAAGGGAUUCCGCCAGAUCAGCAGCGGUUGAUCUUCGCCGGGAAGCAGCUCGAGGAUGGCAGAACCCUAGCCGAUUACAACAUCCAGAAGGAGUCUACCCUCCACCUGGUUCUGAGGCUCCGCGGGGGUAUGCAAAUCUUCGUCAAAACUCUCACCGGCAAGACGAUUACCCUGGAGGUCGAGAGUUCUGAUACGAUCGACAACGUCAAGGCCAAAAUUCAAGACAAGGAAGGGAUUCCGCCGGAUCAGCAGCGGUUGAUCUUCGCCGGAAAGCAGCUUGAGGAUGGCAGAACCCUAGCCGAUUACAAUAUUCAGAAGGAAUCUACCCUGCAUCUGGUCUUGAGGCUUCGUGGUGGUAUGCAGAUAUUUGUGAAAACGUUGACAGGGAAGACGAUUACUCUGGAGGUUGAGAGUUCUGAUACAAUUGACAAUGUGAAGGCUAAGAUUCAGGACAAGGAAGGGAUCCCUCCGGAUCAGCAAAGGUUGAUCUUUGCAGGGAAGCAAUUGGAGGACGGAAGAACACUGGCUGAUUACAACAUCCAGAAGGAAUCUACACUCCAUCUGGUGUUGCGGUUGAGGGGUGGUAUGCAGAUUUUCGUGAAGACGCUGACUGGUAAGACUAUAACCCUUGAAGUUGAGAGCUCUGACACCAUUGACAAUGUCAAAGCUAAGAUUCAAGACAAAGAAGGGAUUCCUCCUGACCAGCAGCGCCUCAUCUUUGCUGGGAAACAGCUCGAGGAUGGUCGUACUUUGGCGGACUACAACAUCCAGAAGGAGUCCACCCUCCACCUUGUUCUGCGUCUUCGUGGAGGCGGUUCUUUCUGA